AUGAUAGAUAAUUAGUUAGAAAACCAGAGCAAUUUUGAUAGUGUUUCUUAGAAUGGGUAAAUGAACAAUCAUUCCAUUCAUUCUAAUAUUACAAGUCUUUAACCAAUGAUGAUUCAUCAAUCUACUUCUAAUUAACCAAUGACUUAAUUCUAAAACUAAUCUGACUUAAGGUAAUUUGCCAAUCCUGAUUGCGAUUAGGUUAGCGAAUCUAAUAUUUCUACGCACUAACCGCUACAUUCAAUAAACCCUUCGAAUUUGAAUACACAACAAAAUACAAGAUCUAUGUCAACUAAUAUGAAUGCACUUGAUUUUCAAGAUUUCAACAAAAUUUUAGUAAUGAAUCCUCGCGAUUAAGUGUAUUAUUUUGAGAACAUAUACGUACCUCAUAAUAUUGAAGUUUUCAAUGCUAAGCAGUUAAUGACAGAUCCCUUUUUAAAGUUGAAGAAAUAUAAAUAAAGCAUAUACUUUGGAUAAUACAUGAAUUAAAAAAGGCAUGGAAAAGGUUUGAUGAUUUACAAUAAUGGCAGGCUCUAUGAAGGUUUGUGGGAGAACGAUCUCAAGCAUGGCAAAGGAUUCGAAAAAUUUCCAAACUGCAGUGUUUAUGAAGGUCAAUAUGUUAAUGGUAAGCCAGAAGGAAUAGGAACAUACACUUAUUUUAAUGGCGAGGUUUACGAUGGCCAAUGGGUAAAUGGUAUGAAGCAUGGUAGUGGUAUUUGGAGAGGAACAAAAAAUGACUCAUACAUAGGUGAGUGGAAAUUUGGUAAGCCAGACGGUUAUGGAGUACAUACAUGGAUCAAUGGUGAUAGGUAUGAAGGAUAAUUCAAAGGUUGUUUAAAACAUGGAGAAGGCACAGAGAAAUUUUCUAAUGGCGAUAUUUAUAUCGGAAAUUAUGUGAAUGGUAAACCAGAAGGAUACGGAGAAUAUUAUUGGAUUAAUUAAUCUUUCUUUAAAGGCUACUUUAAAAAUGGGUUAAGAGAUGGUCACGGAGUGUGGAAGAGAGGACCUGGUAAUUCUGAUACUUAUGAGGGUGAAUAUGUUAAUGAUAAAAAGUGUGGUUAUGGAGUGUUUACUUGGGCUUCAGGGAAUGUGUAUAAGGGCCAUUAUUUUGAAGACUUGAGACAUGGAUAUGGAGAAAUGUAUUGGACAGAUGGUUCCUAUUAUAAAGGAAUGUGGGAAAGAGGUAUUUAGCAUGGUGAAGGUGAAAUGUGCAUGCCAGGUGAUACUCCAAAGAGAGGAAUGUUUGAAAAUAAUGUUUUUAUAGGUCCAGUGGAUGGAAAUGAGAGACUCAACUACUAAGGAGGAGAUUCACCGGUAAAUAACUCACUUUAUUCUUAAAGACUAAGAGGGCAAAGCUAUUAGGCGUAACCACUUAACUAUGCCAAUAACUCGUUUCAGAACUCUCCAUAAACAGAAAAAUCAAUUUAAUCAUAAAAAUAAAGAAUUCAAAGAGUUGAUCUGAAAAAUAACUAAUACCAAUAAGGAUAUGAUGAUGAAAAUAUUCUUCCAAAUAUAAAAGGUGGGGCAGAAGGUAAACAGAGACCAAAAACUACAUAAAUUGGAUCGAAGAAGAGAUCAAUUACUGGAAACACUUUAAACCAAGUAUCUGGUUAAGAAAAUAACCUACAAGGCAAAACAUUUUAUAAAAAUUCAAACGUUGCACCACUUGCUCCUUAAAGAAAGAGAGCCACAACAGCUUCUUAAGAAAAUUCAACAAGAAAAUAAAAUAUCUUAAGAAACCACAAUUAAAUCGCUACAAACGUAACUACUCCCAAGUAGAAUACAGCUAACAUUUCACCCAGAAAUAGUAUAAGCAAUUCUCUUCUUAACCGCACCUUAAAUGGGUUGAAUAAGAAAGUUGGUGGCUAUGAAGGUAAUAAAUAAACUCCUUCUAGUAUACGUUAAUAAUCACAUGUAAGCAACUCAACAUUGAGAAGUAUUAGUGUAAAAAGGUCUAUAAUUGGAGCUCCUUCUAGAGAAAAUGGAGAAGAUUACAAAAAAACAGUUAAAUAUAAUCACAAUGCAUCAUAAGCAAAUCGUCCUUAUACUGCUAAGUCCCUUGAUUCCAAACAAUAUUGCUCUAGAUACAUUAAAGCAAUAUAAUAAUCAAAUAAUUCGAGCAAGAUGUAUUGA